AUGAAAUUUUCUGGAUUUUAUUCUCGUCAAGGUAUUUUAGAUAUAUUGAGAGAUUUUCACAAUAUUCGUAUUAAUAGAAAUACGAAACGAUUCUUACCAUCAAUUGAUCCUUAUUUCACGAAUAAGAUAAGGUUUUGUAAAUAUAUAAAACGUCAAGAAAGUUUUUCAUUUGCUAGUUCCAUUCGGAAUUUAUCCAGUUUAAAAGCUAUGGAAAAUCUUGCCGAACCUGUCAAAGAUGCUACUAUUGCAUCAGAAAUUGUCGAGGAAGUGAUUAAAAUAGAGACGACAAAUCCUGAAGGACAAACGCAAUACAGGUUGCGAAUUAAGAAUAUACCAAAAUUUGCAUCAAUUAAAAUGAUGAAAGAUUUGUUAGCAAAUCAUGAAUGUGGACAAGUUAAAAUACAAAAAUCUCCAAAAUGGGAUUAUUGUUUUGCAAUUCUAAAAACGGAAGAACAACAGUUAGAUGUCAUGAGCAAAUUAAAAGGUAUAGAAUUCAAAAAUAAAAGAUUAUUCGUACAAAUUGAUAACGUUACAGAAAGGGAUAGACAAGCAUUAUUUGACAAACGAAAAAAUAAAAAGGAUCAAAAGAUUGAACAAUCCGGUGUGCAAAAGUUACCGGAAGAAAUGCUAGCAGACCAAGUAACACCUUUACAUAAUUAUGAAUAUCAAGCUCAAAUAGAACUUAAACAAAAUGGAAUUAUAAAAUCCCUUAGGACAUUCUGUGAUAAAAUGAAAGAAUCAUAUAACGAUAAUAAAAGUAAUUAUAAUUCUUCAUGGUUGAAAGAGGAGUUCGAUUUCAACCUUCCUUUUGAUCUUAAACCAAUGAUCCAUUCGCCAAUAUUAGAAGGGUAUCGAAAUAAAUGUGAAUUCACUGUAGGAUUGAAUCUAGAAGGCGAGAAAACGGUUGGAUUUUUGUUAGGAGCUUAUAAAGAUGGACUUAAUACUGUCCUUGGACCACAUGAUUCAAUCCAUGUCAGUGACGUAGCAAAAAAGAUAGUUGAAGUCAUGCAGAGUUAUAUAGAACAAUCUUCAUAUGAAGUAUAUGAUCGCAGGACUAAACAGGGAAAUUGGCGUCUGUUAACUGUUAGAUCGCAGAAAUGUGGGGAUAUAAUGAUUAUAGUUCAAAUGCAUCCUCAGGGUUUAAGUAAAGAACAAAUCAUUCAGGAAAAGUCUAAUCUUCUUGAAUAUUUUAAAUCAUUUGCUCAAGAGGAAAAGUUCAAUCUAACUUCUUUGUUAGUUCAGAUGUAUGAUGGGUUAAGCAAUGGGAUUUCAUAUAAAGAUCCAUUUGAUUGUCUAUAUGGUACACCAUUUGUUUACGAAGAAAUGAUGAAUUGCAAGUUCCGUAUUUCUCCUGCAGCAUUUUUCCAAACAAAUACUCUUGCAGCAGAAUUAUUGUACCAAAAAUGCGGUGACAUCAUUAAAGAAUUAUAUGAAUCAAAAGAUCUUUCAGAGUCACCGACAUUGAUAGAUAUGUGUUGUGGAACGGGAACUAUUGGCAUCGUUUUAUCAAAAAAUUUGGGAUCAACAAUUAAAGGAGUCGUUGGAAUUGAACUCUGUGAGGAGGCUAUAGAAGAUGCCAAAAUAAAUGCAUCUCUGAAUGGAAUAAAUAAUGCCAAAUAUAUUCUUGGACCGGUUGAAAAAAAUUUAUCCGCCUUGAACGAAUUCAAUUAUGGUACUUCUGGGACCGCUAUAGCAAUUGUAGAUCCACCACGUGCGGGAAUUCAUAAGAAUGUCAUUAAUGCACUUCGUACAUGUCAGGCAAUUGAACAUUUGAUUUACAUUUCAUGUGAUCAUAACGCAGUUGUUCAGAAUUUCAUGAACAUUUGUCGACCUACAAGUAACGCUUUUCCCGGAAUACCGUUUAAGCCCGUUAAAGCUGUCGGAGUAGAUCUUUUCCCUCAUGCUAAACAUGUAGAAUUGAUAAUUGAAUUUCAUAGAAAUAGAAACGAGUUAACGAAUUUGCCUAGUACUUCAUCAAUUUUACAAAAUAAUGAAACAGAAUAG